CCCCCCGUGACGUCAUCGGCCGGUCUCCAGGCAACGGCGCCCCCAGCGGCGCGGGGCUCCCGGCGGGCCGGGGCGGUCAUGGCGCUGCCGCUCCUGCCCGCGGCCUCCCGCCAGCGGAACAUAGGGAAAGAAAAGUUCCACAAGUCACAGCACUGGGGUUACUGCAAUAAUGUUGCUAUGCUGGUUGGAGAAGAUAAACCUGGAAUAGGAGGUGAACCGUUACCUGGUCAGAAGCUGAAACCUAAAUACAGUGUAUUUCCUGAAGGGAUGGGAAGUGAUGCUCCUGCUUGGGUAGCUUUUGACAAGCAGGUAUUGUCUUUUGAUGCCUAUUUUGAGGAAGAAGUGCCUGACAAAAAUCAAGAGCUAUAUAGAAUCAGACAUUGUAAAAUAUACUUCUACCUUGAAGAUGAUACAAUUCAAGUGAUUGAACCCCAAGUGAAAAACAGUGGCAUAACUCAAGGAACUAUUGUCCGACGGCAUCGGAUUCCACUUCCACCUCCUCAUGAAGAUCAGUUCUAUACUAUUGAUCAUUUCAAUAUCAACAUAGAAGUAAUCCUUUAUGCCCGAAAAUAUAAGAUUAUAGAUUGUGACCAGUUUACAAAAAAUUUCCUGAGGAAGAUGGGAAUUAGAUUAAAUCCUCCUGCAGGUCGUCCAGAUGACCCGUACACCAAAGAGCGGCAAAAGAUUCUGGAUAGUAUGAAGCCAUUGCGCCCUUAUGAGCGCAUUGACACUUUGAAACAAUUUCUGGAGCAUGAUGGACAUGUUUUACGUUUUUUCUGUGUGUGGGAUGACCCAGAAUCCAUGUUUCAUGACCCACGGGAACUUGUUCUGCACUAUUAUUUGUCUGAUGAUACUAUUGAUAUAAAAGAAGUUAUACCAGUAAACUCAGGCCGGGAUGCAGUUCCACUUUUCCUCAGAAGAGAUAAGCUUCCAAAGUAUGCUCCCACCGGGCUGUAUCAGCCGGGCACUAUCACCAGUCGCACUGUUCUCAAUGUGUUUGGAAAGUUAGUAGGAAACAGAGGCCAUUACAUUCUGGACAAUCGUAAGACAGGAGCAGUGCAUCAGGAAUUUUACAGAGACAGUGACCUGAAAAUAGGGGCAGUAAUUAAUGUUUGGGGAAGGAAGAUAAUACUCUGUGAUUGUGAUGAAUUCACUAAAAAAUAUUACAGGACAAAGUACGGAAUCGAGGAUUUCACCCCAGUUCCAUAUAAGGCUCUACCACCUCCAAAACCAGAAAAAAAGUUUCCUCCUUAUACUGGAUUUGGUUCUGAAGAGGAUUCUCUGUGCUCCUGUAUGGGUCUGCUUCCCAAGCCUCCCCAAAGAGAUUUCAAGAAAUUCAUGGAAAAAGACAGAAGUGGCAUGGAAAGUAACAUACUGCGCUUUCUUGCAAAAUUCGUCACAGAUAGUCCUAUUGACAAGGAUCGGAAAUUCAUUAUUUCCUACUUCCUGAGUGAUGACACCAUUUCAGUUUUUGAACAUAUACAGCGAAACACAGGGAUACUUGGUGGGAAGUUCUUGGAAAGAGGUCGCAUUAAGAAGCCUGGGCAGGAGCUCUUUAAGAGUGAGCCAUCUGAAUACUUCAAGGCUCAGAAUCUGUUUGUUGGAGCCAAAGUUUGUUUCCAUGGUCACAACUUUCUUUUGGUGGAUGCUGAUGAGUACACAUUCAACUACAUGGAGAAGCAUGCAAAUGAGUUCUCCGUGGCUGAUAUUGGUGUCAUCCUUAAGAAACUGAAAGACAUAACCGAAUCUCGUUCCCGAGAAAUCAGACAGGUGUUUGCAGCCACUGACCCUGAGCAUACCAAGGUGAUUCAGUAUGACCCUUUCAGAAAUUUGAUAGUCAGGAUCACUGAUGGAGCAUUUUCAGAACAUGAGAUUAUGACUCUCGGUCGCUAUUACAGUGUGAGAGAUGAAUAUGAAAUGGACCUCCACUCCCUCCUUUCAGCUGCUCAAGAACAACUAAAGAAAAAUAGCUUUGAGAAUUUUGAACAACUGUCUGCGGUGCUUAUAUACAAUGACCGUGAAAAAUGUGGAGUGCUGCCCCAUGAGAUGUGCAGGACUAUUUGCAAGUCCUUUAAGUUGCCACUGGCUGAUGAUAAUCUGCAAGCUUUACUGACCAUGUUUGAAAAUGACCAUAAGCAAGUGGAAUAUAAGAAGUUUGUGGAUGGGCUGAACUGGAGAGAGAAUCAAAUCCAUGCUUGCCAGAUGAUAAAGAUUCCUUUCAAGAAUGAAGAUGACUGGAGCGGACAACCACCAUCCAUUCCUGUGAAAGGGAUCAAAUACUUACCUCUUCUGGAUGAUCUGUUUGGCAAGGAAGAAUAAUCUGAUCUGUGCAAGGCACUGCUUUUGGAUUAGUGUUUCAGCUCCAAAGCUUAACUUAGACAGAUACUGAAAACAUUCCUUGUAAAACAAAAAGAUCAGAUAUAGGUUUUAUUGCAUUUAAUUUCUUAUUUCAACAUAGAUAUACACUUUGUGUGUUUUUCUAACUCCUUCUAAAUCAACGGUACUCUUUUAUACUUACACAAGCAUAAUUAAAACUGUGUCCUCUAAUCUUUGUGUCUGGUUGUAUGGAGAAUUUACAAGUAUUGGGAAAUCUUUGAGUCAAACAGAGCAAAAUCUGACUGACCCUGCUUUGUUCUGCAAACAAAGGUUCUUGGAUGACCCCUUAAAAUAUUAGGUCGGAUUGUAUUAGCACAAUAAGGAAAAGCCCCAUCAAAGUGCCUGGACUUCACAGUUUUUGAACCUCUCUGCUGCUGGCAUUUUUUCGCUGUUUUGACAGCUAAAUGAAUUUUAGCGAAGAGCGUCUGGUUGCCUGGAGGUUAAUACAAGCAGAGCUUUUGUAGCUCAAGCCUCUUCCCAUUUGGAGCUGAGGGAAGUGAUUAAUUAAGCCAUUUGCAACAAAAAAUGAACCCUUUCUUUUGUCUGAAAGAGCUUUAUUUUGCAGUGUGGUAGGGCGCUGUUCUGCUUAGCAAAUCAUUGCACAAUGAACCACCUCUAUCUGGUCUCUUACUUUGCUGCUGAAGGACAUUUCUUCCUGUGUUGUUAAAAUCCCGUUGUUUGAGUUCAUCGAAAUGCAAGAAGUUUUUGUCAUCGCUAGCCGGCUGGGUUCAAAUGGAUGUGAAAAGCUGGAGGUACACAACAGAGCCACUGCUCUUGCCCUCCCUCUCCCAGUAGGUAACUCAUCCUGGGACAAAACACACGGUUUUCAUUUGUUUUGCUGUUUCAUCGUGCUUUCUGGUUUUGCCACUUUUGUGUGAGAGUUUGUUUCCAGAGUAAGCAUCUCAAGUGGCUGUUGGGAUUCGUGGCUAACACCUCGCUGCUGAUGGAUUCCUGACCUUUACGCCUACAAGGGAGUUUGGACCUUAGGACCCCAGGAAACCUCAUUUACACAAAAGGCAGAAACUCAGACAUUUUGUUCUGCGGAAGGGUGGUAAGUAGUGAGCAAAUACUGUCUCUCUUAGGCUUCAUGCCAUUUGCAUUUCACUGGCCUUCCCGGUUUAUCCUGAAGUUUUAAGUUUCCAUAACAAUGGUAUCAAACUGGGAGGCACUCCCUCGGGAAUGUGCCUGCCCACUUGGUCUCGCCCCACAUGUAACACUCACUUGGUCAAGUUUCACGGCCUCACAGCAGGUUCAGAGAUGUCCCUUUUGAUUCCUUGUUGGCAACCACAUAAUGAAGACAAACCAAGACCCGAAGCAAAUCAAAUAUUCAAAUUAGAAAGACUCAGCAUCUUAAUGAAGCAAAAUUCCUUUUAGGAGGCAAACAAUCACAAAGGACCUGAACUGUCGCGGCUGAGGUCCCAACAGUUUCACCAUUGAUUUCUGUGGGAACAGGGUUUGGCUUUACUUUCUGGGAAAGAGCGAUUGCUUUGCUGCUUUCUUACCAUUGCAUACAAAUUCCUCAACUCAUCUCAGGGUAGUCCACAUCCUUCAGCUGCGGCAGCCAGGUCCUAGGGCUGGGUCAGAUCCUGGCAAAUCCCAGCUCAAAAUGCAGUAUUGCAGAUAUGCAUGUAUGGGGGUCUGUGAUGGAUGCACUUAACUCCUUAACCAAACUAGCGGUAUUUUGGUACAGACUCCAAAGGAGGUAAAGGCCUAAGCUGUUACCAAGCCAAGAACUUCUCCAGUUCCAAUCUGUUCUCUGAAAACCCACAAAGGAGCAGAAUGACACAGUGAGCAUUGAUGCAUAUGACCUUGGAACACUGAUCAUGCGAUUAACACAUGAAUAGUAGGUGGCUUUUCCAAGGCUCAUUUAUCAGGGAACAAAGAAAGUUGUGGGUACAAGAGUCUCAUGCAUACCUUUUCCAUUGCAUGUAAUUUGACUACAAGCCAACUACUUUAUUCCACAAAUAUGACAGCCUAAGUGAGCCUUCUUUGAGCCUGGCUCUAUGGCGAUGAUCUCCUCUUGAGCUGGGAUGCUUCUCAAGGUUGCUCCUUGAGGCAGAGAGACCUUUCACCAGGGGCAGAUCUUUGGUAAGUGACCGAUAUCACACAUAACCUUGUAUUAUGGUAACUUUGAUUUUGUCUUGGUAACUUGACUCUGCCUCGGUAGUUUUGAAUCAUUGUUCAAAUGAUUGUGCAGUGCGGUAACGGAGUGAACCUUGCCAUUAAACUUUGUUAAGUCACACUUUUACAACAUCAUAUUUCAAUAAAACGACUUUUGCUGAUA